AUGAGAUAUUUUUAUAUUUCAUUGUUUGUAUGUUUAUUUUUAUUGUUGGACAUUCAAACAAAGAGUAGUACUCUUGUAUACUCUCAAAAUCUAUCAACUUCAGAACGUAUGUUAAAAUGGGUAGCUCAACAGUUUGGAAUCAAUGUUCCAUUAGAUCAAUCUUUAUGUAAUACAGUCUUAUUGGAUAUACCUAUAUUCACAUGUUCAGGUGGUCAUGUCACUAAAAUACAAAUACAAAGAACUAUAUUCACAUCAAAAGGAGCACCAGACAAUACAUUGGAUACAUUAGAUUUUCCAGCAUUGACCAUUUUCUAUUAUAUCAACAAUACAGUUACCAAUCAAGCAUUAAACACUUUACUCAAAUUGAGAAAUGUACCAACUCUUCAAUCUCUCUAUGUUGGAGAUCAAUCAAUAACAACUAUUCCAAAUGAUUUUCCAACUACAUUUCCAUUACUUUCAAGCUUUGCAUCGUAUCUAGGGCUUUCACCAUCACCAACAUUAUUUAACAAUUCAAAUAUUGAAACGCUAUCUUUAUUCGCACAGAUAAAUGGACCGUUCAUCUUGGACGCUACCGUUUCAAUGAAGAAGCUAAUGACACUUUCAAUGUACUACUCGUCACUGGAUCCCAUUCUUUUUACACAAUCUGCCUAUCCAAAGCUUUCAGCCCUUUCAUUGACUUUUCCUGUUGCCAAUUCAAUUUCUAAUAUUUCCAUAUUACAAAAUUCAAUGGUAUCAUUAGCAUUAUUUGCACCAACUUUUAAUUCUGGAUUUAAUGUAGUACUUGGAAAUACAAGUAAUUUAAAAGAUUUGCAAAUAUCUGGACCACUUACAACUCUUUCACCUGCCUCUUUAAAUGAUUAUCCUAGUCUUAUAUAUGCGAGAUUUAUCAAUACUUCACUAACAAGUUAUCCAUUUAAUUUUUGGCCAGAUAAAUUAACAUAUUUGGAAAUUACAAAAUCAAAUUUCAUAAUACCAAAUACUCCAGUUUCUCCUAAACUUGAAACAUUAAUAUUUAGUGGAAAUAAUAUUAAUCAAGUGCCAUGGAAUAUAUUUAAUAAUGCACCAUUAUUAUCACUUUCAUUAAGUUCUAAUCCAGGUUUAGUUGGAACUGUACCAGAAUCAAUGUGUGGUAUUAAAAAGUUGGAUAUUAAUCAGACUGGUAUUCAGGCGGUACCAAAUUGUUUCUGGUGUUAUGAUACUGCAUCUAGUGUGUUGGUGACUAGCUUACCGAGACCACCAGGUAAUUUAUGUAGUGGUUUGUCAUUUGAUAGUGUAAACUUGCUAUCUAUAUUUGGAAAGGUCAAGGUUAAAGGUAAUAUGAUUGGUUUUGGUAAUCCUCAAAACCAACCAUAUCCAUUAAUAGCUACCAUUCCAAACAAGUUGUUAGAGUUCCAAGUACCAACACCACUAUCUAAUUUCUAUACACCUCAGAGUACCGUUCUCAAAUUAUCUCCAACCAACCCAAAUAUUACAAUGGCUGUAACCAUUGUUGAAGUUGGUAUUGCAUUAUUACCACAAACCGACUUUUCAAUGACACAAAUCAAUCAUGGAGUAAUGGUCAAGAUUCAAGCUUUCACUUUUAAUAAUCAAUUGCUUCACACGAUUACUCUAAACUCUAAUACUUAUCAGUGUAAUGGUAUGAGUCAAACUACUAGUAGUAUUAGUUGUGUAACUCCUACACCUCUACCAUCCGGCACGUAUUCCCUUAAUAUUUCAAAUAUUGGAUACUCUGAAAUUAUUCAUUUAAGAUAUACUCCAACAUACCCAACAAUUUCAUCAGCAUCUAGUUUUAGAAAUGAUAAUGAUGAUAUAAAGGUUAUCAAUUUGUUUGGUAAUUUUGGAGAUAAUGGUCAAAAUACACCGGUAGUGAUGAUCAACAAUACUAUACCAUGUACUAUACAAUACAUCAAUUCUAGCUAUAUCAACUGUUCAACUAUUCACAAUCAAUAUGGAGCUGCAUCUGUAUUUGUUUCAGUUGAUGGUGUAAACUUUACACGUCCCAAUGUACUCUAUUUCUAUCCACCAGAAUCAAAUAAUAAUAAUAAUGGUACUACUAGUAGCACUACAAUUAGCAGUACAACAACUACUACUACUACUACUGGAGGACCACCACAAUUAACAUUAAAAGAACAAUGUGAACAACAAACUCAAAAUUGUUAUGGUAAUGGUCAAUGUCAAGAUAAUGGAAAAUGUCAAUGUAAUCCAGGUUAUAAUCUACUUGAUAAUUGUUUAACUAAAUAUUUUAAUGAUACUAUACCAAUUGAAACAAAUACAACUGCACCAGUAACAAAAUUUAAUAUUGAAGGAGUACAAUUUAUGUUUGAAAUGUAUUCAGUUCAAGAAUUGGAUAUUGAUGGUGAAACUGUCAUUCAAGAAGUGUUGACAGAGAAAUGGUUGUCCAAUGUAACGACCGAGGGAACAUUGACAUCGGUCAAUUAUACACUUGUCAGUAACGAAACCACUGCCAAUGUAUCGGCAGCCAUAUCAUUCUCAUCGCAACAACGAGAGAUUGCAUUUGGAGAUAGAAACUUUACGAUUGCACCCAAUUCUAUAAAGGUUACUGUUGAAAUCAACAAUUGGAAAUUCCAAAGUAACAUUGCAUCGCUUAGAGUUAUAUUCAAGACAUUGGUCAAUACCAGUCAAGGUGUCAGCGUUGGAUGUGACAGCCAACAAAUCAUCGAUCCAUUUGCCUAUGAUUCGUAUGGUAGUACUAUUCAAUAUCUAAGAGUUGUCAAACAAGGUAUUCAAUUCACUGGUCGAUUUUUAGAUUAUGUCUUGUCGGAUGGUAGAUCAACUUAUUCAAGAACACAAUUAGUUUCACUCAACAACACUGACACCUCUCAUCCAGAUGAAUCGAUUGCAUUGAUUGGUGUCAAUCUACCUCAAUGUCAAUCAUGUGUUCUCGACCCUGAUUUCACGCCAUUGAUCAUUGACAAUAGUCGUGUAUCAACUUGUGGUGGUUCAUCCAGCUCUGAUAUACUUUGGAAGAUCAUUGUUGGUGCUUGUGUUGGUGGUGUCGUCUUUAUUGCCCUACUAGUCGGUCUAGUUGCCUAUCUAAAAGAUAGUAAUUCAUUCAGACUACGUUUUAGAAAAAAUGAUGCAAUCAUAAUGAAGAAAAUCUAA